AUGGACAUUGAAUGUGAAUAUUGUGAAGCGUUAAGAUGGAAGGGGGAAAAACUAAGACUAUGUUGCAUAAAUAGUGAAGUUGUAUUAGCACCACCACCAGAAAUUCUUUAUUUGCUUACAGAAAAAGAUCCAAUAUCUAAAGUACUAUUUGUUGACAAAAUAAGAGCAUAUAAUCAAGCAUUUGCUUUUAUAUCAAUUGCUACUGAUUUAGAUUUGGAU